CCACUCGACCGAGAACAGCCUGCAAUGCCGCCUAAACAACGUGGUGGAAAAAGGACCGGCGCAAGUGAUACACCUGCCGGACAAACGCCCAUGGCCUCCAGAGGAGAUGAUUCUGGCGACUCCAGUGAAAAAGAUGGUGGCACUAGCUCCCAGGAGUUCGAGGUGUUCGUCAGGUCUAUGCUGGCAAAACUCGUGAAAGGCCAGAAACAGCUAGAGGCCAGGCCAGCAGCAUUUAUUGAGUUCAACUGUGAACGUAUCUCAGACCUCGAGAAAGCAAAAACGGUGUUGGAGAAAGAAGUCAGCGGCCUGAAAGAAGAGCUCUCAUCGGCGAAGAUCAUGCUAGAAAAACGGUCCAUAGAAAUAAAUAAACAAGAGAGGUUUUCCCAGCGGAACAACUUCAGAGUGGUGGCAGAACCUUGAACCCAGGAAGAAAACUGCAUGCAGAAAAUCGCGGACAUUCUCGGUACAACCUUGGGGCGAUACUCCAAAGAUUGAACGUGCCCACCGUGACAGUCCCGACAAGCAGGGGAGGCCAGCUCACAUCCUGGUGAAAAUGUUGAGCUAUCAGGACAAGCUGAAGGUGAUGAAAGAACAUCAUAAAGCUCUGGAGAGAACGUCUAUGUUCAUCCUAGACGACCUGGCGGCAGGUGAGGGAAAAACUACGCUGGAAGACGGAGGAAAUGUCGAACCAGGACCAAGGUAUGCGGUCGACGACGGUUUCUCUAAGAUGUCGACGUCGCAGUUAGGAGCAGACAGAGAUGACAUAAAAUUGAGGUUCCCUUGCAUUUAUUGUCAGCUGUUUGUUACUUUCAUUGCGACGGUGAAGAGUGACGAGAGGAUCUCGGAAAUGAUGAGAGCGAUCUCUGAGUUGAUCUGUGUUUUGUGGUCUCCUGCUGACUCCAUGAAUGAUUGCGUAGACUAUGCCCAACAGAAGACAUCUCUGCUUCAUUCUAUGAUCAAUGGCUUUAUGGUUGAAUGUGGCACUGUGUGCGAUGGCGAAGGAGCGGAUGAACAGCUUGCUGUCCUGGGACGCAUGCUCCAGGAGGUGAAUCGGGCUUCCCAGGAAGUACCCACCACAGAAAAACCAGACAUAGCCAGCUUGGCAAUCAACUGAAUUUAUAAAUUGUCUUUCUUUGUUUUUAUUGCGUAUUAAGACUUCAAAAGAAGAAAGAAAAGUCGCAAAGGUUUUUACUAUGCGCUUACACAGUUUUGUUGGUGCCAAUCAUUAACUUCGGCCACAUACAGUAUUCUUUAAGUCUGUUUAAAGCGAGCAGAAUCUAAUAGCGUAUCCAGUGAAAGGCGGGAAACGUUACUAAGAAUUCAGAAAGGGUGUAACAUUUUUGGUUUUUUUAGAGAUGUAAAAGACGGCACCUGAUUUGCAUUUGAUUAAACGCUUCAAGCUUUCGUAGUGUUAAAACAUCGCUGUGAUAUUUGUAAUACACGUAUAUGUAUCUAUUGAAGCUAUUCACUGACACGGUCACAGCUUACUGGAAUGCAUCUGUCGAGGAGAACCAGAUUUCCCAAACUUACCAGAGAGCUGAAUUUAUAAAUUGCCUUUUUUCAAGUCACAGUGGUUGGUAGCAUGCCCUCGUAUAAUUAUGUUUGUUCCAAUCAUAUUAGUUUCGGUUUUUAAAGCAUUAACUUUCUUCAAGUCCUUUUGAAGUGAUCGAAAUGCAGUGGCGUUUCCUGACGAAGACCCGGAAAAGUUGCCGAGGCUUUAAAAGGGAUACUAUCACUUUCCUUUCAGGGAUGUACUGAUUCUGUUAUGGAUGAAAAGUCGGCAAUUCUUUCAAGAACCGUGCAUUCCCCGACUUGAACCCUGGAUACCCCUCUGCCCUUGUAUAUAUCUACCAUAUUGUUUCAACAACUCUCAACUUUAUUUUAACUGAGACAUGCAAACCACACGAUUUGAAAGUAAUCCUUUUUUAUAUACAUAUAAAAACAAAAAUGUAUCAAGUUCAAACAGCUACUGCAAAUUUAAUUGAGGUAAAUCCGCGACAUGAACAUUUUAUUCAGGGUAGGCACUUGACUCGCGUUUGUUAAUUUACUACCGGUACUUCUAGCUUUCACAUUAUUAAAAACACCGCUAAGCAAAUAAUAUGUUUUUCAGUAUUUGUCUUUUGAAGCUAUAUUAUUCUGACAAAGGAAGCCAAGACGUUCUGUUAAGUGCGACUACAGCUAUUAAGUCGCAGGAAUCAGUCAGGCAGCGAGACUUCUUGGAAAGGGGUUUAAAAAAAACUUUGCCAGGUUUGUUCUGUGUUCCCCUAACCGAAGGAGCAAGGGUAUAGAUCCUGAAUGUCACGGGAUCCUGUACUUGGACAGACGACACAUAAUUGUGGUGUGGUCUGUGGAAACCUUUCACAUAGUGAGCUAUGUCAUUUUGGUGCAUCGACUUCAAAUUAACCUGCACACUGUCCUGUUUUCAGAACCGUUUAAUUCGUAAUUCUAGACAACCCAAUCGCUAAGAUUCAUAUUGUAGACAACCAAGAAUCAUAAAUUUAAUAUAGGCCUAUCUAAAAAAUCGAGUGUGUCCAGGUUUAUUUGAAGUAUAUAUGCACCCAAACGACAAAGCUCACCAUGUGAAUCACAUCACAAUUUUCAGACGGGGUGGUCAUUUAUUCUAGAACAACUUCUUUUACAACUUGAAUCAAACUUUAAAGGAGGCUGCUAUAUACCACAUUGCUAGGCAGUAGCUCCUAUCAUCACCGACAUCUCCCACCUUGUUUUUCAAACCGAAAACAAUGAGUAUACGCUGUAAUCUUGUUUUACAGUUUGCGUAAAAGCGAAAAAAUUCAGUCAAUCGGUUCAUUUAAAGACUUGACUUGGAAGCUUUCAUAUCUACUAAUUUCUGUGAUAAAAUGCUUAUCGUAUUCAAUAAAAAUGGCUGUAAACCAGGAA